UCUUUGUAGCGAUUAAUGGCGGUCUGUACUGUCAGAGUGAUGUUCUUAGUUGUUUCUCAGAGCGAGAUGGGGAGGGGAUGUGUGGCUGAAGCUGGUCCACGCUUUUAAGAGUUGGUUGAAAUUUGGCACCUGUUUGUGGCAGUGUCCACAUGAGACAGAGAUAGCGAGAGAGAGAAAGAGAGAGAGAGAGAGAGAGAGAGAGAGAGAGAGAGAGAGAGAGAGAGAGAGAGAGAAAGGGGUUGGUGUCCGUUAAUACUGCAGAAGCAGCAGUAAAGAAGACCAAUUGUUGGAUGAGCGUCGACCGUCUUUGGGUUCUUGCCGUCUGUUUGGGGAUGAAGAUGGCAAUGUGAACGAGCCGUUCAUUGACACGGUGUCACCUUCUAUUCACUUGCGAAUCGUUCAUCUUUCUUUACGGCGACUUUUCUGCGAGAUUGUGGACUAUACGGUUUUUGAAGCAUGAAUAAAUUUUGCGGUAGCUUAAUUUACUUCUUAGUUCGGGGUUUCGGUUCCGCGAUUGAGUUGCGAUGAACUGACGAAAGUGUUCUGACUGUCACUCUGAGGUAUUCUUCCUUUGGCGUUGAGGGUUGGGAAUGGAAACCCACGAGAAUAAAGAUGAGGUUAUACCUGCACCGUCUAUUUCACCGUCAACUGUCACAGUUGCCAUCAGCGGAAGCAAGAACAGCAAACAUGCACUCACGUGGGCUUUGGAAAAGUUCAUCCCCGAGGGAAGAAUCUCUUUUAGACUAUUGCAUGUUCAUCCAAAAAUCACAAUGAUCCCAACGCCAAUGGGCAAUUCACUUCCAAUUUCCAAAGUCCGGGAAGAUAUAGUUGCUGCUUAUAGGAAAGAAAUAGAGUGGCAGACAAACACAAAACUUCUUCCUUUCAAGCAAAUGUGUGCUAAAAGACAGGUGGAAGUAGAGAUUCUUCUGAUUGAAUCUGAUGAUAUAGCGAAUGCAAUAUCAGAGGAUAUUGCUAAAACUGAAGUCACUAAGCUUGUUAUAGGUUCAUCAUCCAGGAGCAUAAUUUCAAGACACCGUGGUCUAUCCAGAAGAAUCUCUAGCAGUGUUCCGAACAUUUGCACUGUAUAUGUCAUUUCAAAAGGAAAAUUAUCAUCCAUCCAAUCGGCCAGCUCAGUGGAGAAUGGUGUAAGGAGCUCUGGUACGACCUCCUUUAACAGUGUCUCAUCUUUAGGUUCCACCACACAAACAGAAUGGACUGGUAUGAGCCCGUCAGAUGAAGAUAGUCAGAUGCCUUCUCCGUCUAUGUUAGAUCAGCAUUGUCAGGCUCUGUCAAAUAUGAAUCGGGUUAUUCUUAACAGUGCAGUUGAUAUCAACCAUUCUAGGAAUUCGUCUCUUCCUAACAUUGAGGAUAUUAUCUCUCUCAGUUCUGGGUAUAUGGAAACACGUAAUACUGCCAUUUCAGCAAGUAUUGGGAGCUUCCAAAGUGAGACCCUGUCCUGGAUCUCAGACCAGGCAACUACAUCAGACAUUCAGACAGAAAAAUUCUCUGCCUCACAAUUGGAUCUUGAUCUUGAAUUAGAGAAGCUGCGAAUUGAGCUUAGGCAUGCCCAGAAGAUGUGCAGUAUGGCUGAAGAGGAGACGGCUGAUGUUUCUCAGAAGGUGACCCAACUUAGCGCUCUCAAGAUGAAUGAAGCAAGCAAACUUGAAGAAAUAAGCUGCAAGGAAGAAAUGGCGAGAGAAUCUGCAAAAUGUGAGAGGGAGAAGCGUGAAGCUGCUGAAAAAGAAGCUGAAUUUGUAAAAGAAUGUGCGGAACGUGAACUCAUGCAGCGGAGAGGUGCUGAAAGUAGGGCUUCACGAGAUGUGAAAGAGAAAACCUAUAUAGAAAAUACACUGGAGCGACUGGAUCAGCGAUACAAGAAGAUUUCAUGGGAAGAAAUAGUGUCUGCGACCUCGUGCUUUUCUGAUUCACUCCGAAUUGGAGGUGGAGCAUAUGGCACUGUCUACAAAUGCAGGUUGCAUCAUACCACGGUAGCUGUUAAGGUCCUUCAGUUAAAUGAAGAAUACAAGACCAAGCAAUUCCAUCAAGAGCUUGAAGUGUUGAGCAAAAUUCGCCAUCCCCAUCUGCUGUUGCUUCUUGGUGCAUGCCCCGAUCAUGGUUGUUUGGUUUAUGAGUUCAUGGAAAACGGCAGCUUGGAUGAUCGGUUGUUCCGUCAAGGCAAUUCUUCCUCAAUCCCUUGGAUUGAUCGCUUCCGAAUAGCUUGGGAAAUAGGCUCAGCUCUACAUUUUCUGCACAACUCAAAGCCAAAGCCGAUUGUUCAUCGUGAUCUGAAACCAGCAAACAUAUUGCUUGACCACAACCUUGUGAGUAAAAUUGGUGAUGUUGGUCUAGCUACACUACUUCCCACAAAUCUUGCUACUGGUACAGCCUACAAGAACACAGCACUUGCUGGCACAUUUUGUUACAUCGACCCAGAGUACCAGAGGACUGGUUUAGUGUCGUCCAAAUCAGAUCUAUAUGCACUUGGUGUGGUAAUCCUGCAAUUACUGACUGCUAAACCUCCAAUGGGUCUUGCCUACUUGGUAGAAACAGCUCUCUUGGAGAAUAGGUUUGAAGACUUGUUGGAUGUCACAGCUGGUGAAUGGCCUCUUGAAGAAACACAGGAACUGGCAGCUUUGGGUUUGAGCUGUGCAGAGUUAAGGCGCUCGGAUAGGCCAGAUUUGGGGAAUGCGGUUCUUCCAAUGCUCGAGAGAUUGAAAGGGUUUGCAGAAACGGCACGGGUUUCAAUGCCCAAAACACAAAAUUUACCCCCAAGCCACUUCGUUUGCCCGAUACUUCAGGAUGUGAUGCAGAACCCUUGCGUGGCGGCUGAUGGUUACACAUAUGAACGAAGAGCAAUAGAAAAGUGGCUAAGCAUGAACGACAAAUCACCACUGACAAAUUUACCGUUACCCAACAAGUUCCUUAUCCCUAAUUAUUCUCUGCUUGGAGCCAUUAGAGAGUGGAGAUCCAAAACGUCCGGGAUGCUCAACAAAAGAAGUUAGAAGGCAAGCCAUAUUUUGCUGGUGACUGUAAUUGCAGGAUCUUGCGCUGCCAUUAUCACUGGAUUGGGUUAAAAAUUUCUGCAGACUUGCUUUCUGAGGAUCGAUGGCAGAAUUGGUCAUACGAGGUAAGUUCCCCUCUACUUUAAGCUUCUCAUAUAUCAGCAAAUGCAAAUUACAAGAGGACAUCGGAUACAGGUCACCACUGUGACUUGGAUUUCAGUGAUAGGUUGGGAAAUGCUGCAUCAGAUUAGAAUCACAGUUGUUCCGUCUUCAGUUUUGGAUAGUUCCCUUUGAUGUAGGGAAUUAGCAUUGUAAAUGGUUUGUAUCAUAAUUGUGAAUGGGCAGAAAGAGAAGGAACGUCGUUGAUCCUGGUUGGACAGAAAAAUUUAAAGGAAUAAAAGUAUAUUCUGAAAUCAAAA